CAAAACGGAAGCGAACUUCACUGUCAUGCAGAAUGCAGCCAUGUCUAAAGGUCUAACUGACGACCUGUAGUUUAUUUUACUUAAAAAUAUAAAUAUUUAUGGCAACGGUAUAAGAAAUGGGAAUGUUUUUUACUACGACGGUGGAUUUCACCUUAAGGUGAGGUGACGCCAUGAUCCUGGUUCUCUGCACCAGCUGAAGACUGACGUGUUUGACAACAAAACUGCUGUCACUAUGGGGACAACAACAAGCGAGCCAUGUAUCUACGACAAACUCUCUGAGAGCAUCGACAUUCUCCGCCAGUCGGGUUACCGCUAUGGCAUGUCAGAGAGAGAAAUUGAGAGAUUCAUCAAGCAGGUCCUGGARACCAAUGAGCCAAGAAGAGAGCCGCCACAAUUCCCCAUUCUAAGAGCCACCAUUAAGUUUCUUGUGGCUGUGGGCUUCCUGUUGGUGGUGGUGCUGGCCUUCACCUACCCACAGAGCUCCCCCCAGUUGGGACUGGUAAAUCUGGGCUGUUGCAACCGGUCGUCCCCCCUSAGCCAUAUCCGCCUGCUCUCCCUUCCCAUUGCCAAGAAGUACAACCUGCAAGGUUUUCAUGAGUGGUGGAGUGCUGGUUCUCUCCGGCAGAGUCUGGUUAACUGUUCAGGAUGCGCAGAAAUCUCCUCAGUACUGGAAGUCCCAGAAAGCCUCAGGGGAACUGUGACUCUGCGACGGGGACCUCAGCUGGUCCUGCUGAAGGGCGGGGAGUCUCUCAGCAUCCAGCGGCAGCAGCUGGAGGCGCUCUACUUAGCCCAUUCAGGCUCCAUGUCAAUUCUGCUGGAGGAAGACAGUGGUCUCCAUAGCGACAACCUCGGCCUCCCUCAGGGACCUGCCAACUUCACCCUGCUCUGGAGGUUCAGUUCUGGAACCAGGGAAAAAGUGCUGAGAUGGCUCUUCCCAAAGGCUGAGCUCUGCCCCCUGCUGGACAGCGCUGGGACCAUCCUUCAGCGAUGCCUGGUCAUCCACAGCACAAACUCUCAGAGCAAGGGCGUCAGGGUGCUGGGUUGGCUGGUGGUGGGGGAGGGGCUACCAACAGUACGAGUUGUGCCUGUUCAGCGAUGCCAGAAACACUGCAGCUCCUUCAACCUUUGGCUGUCACCUGGAGACAUGGUGUAUGCGGACCCCCGGUACUGGCAGAUGGAGCUGUUCCCCGGACGUGGACAAAACAUCAUUUGUGACGGCACGACCUUUUAGCCUUCAGGUGGGCAGAGUUCAGGACUUGGAUGCGACACAUAAAGCACCUUUGAAUGUUUGGAACUUGUUGGCCUCUGUGUGCCCAUCAUCUGCCCAUUGUUGCCUUAUAACACCCACAAUAUUUUGUUUAUAGCACCUUUUUGGUCUGAUAUGCCUCUGAGAACUGAARCCAACUGCACACAAGGAGAUCAGGUGGGGGGUUGAAAAAAUAACCUCCUGCAAGAUUUUCUUAAGAGUGAAGGUCAGAGGAAUAAAGAGACUUAUUUUUUAGCUGAACUGUUGAAAAUUAAUCUGUGCUUGUGCCACAACUUCUAGCUGAUUUCUAGCAAGUAAGAAAAAAAAAUCUCUAAAAUUAAUGGAUGUGUCACUGAUUAAAAAGGUAAUAACACUGGUCCCAGACCCGGGAAUCACUGCCACCAUCUGCAUCCUGUUCAGUGACUUGAAACUAUUUUUGUUGCAUUCAGAUCCACAUCAGUGGAAGAAUAAAAUUAAGUGAAAUUAAGAAUGAGUACAUGAGGGUUUUUUUUAUGUGCCACCACUGGGGAAAURUUUUUUUAACGUGCAGACUGACCAUUAUUAUGCAGACACUAAAAUCAGACAAGCCUAUCUUGUGAUAAUUACAUCUAGAAUUAAUUUAGGUGAUUAAUUUGGUCCUAAUCAUUUGCAAUAUUGUGUAAAAUAAWAUGCU